GCCGCUCACCAAAAAAGUCUUUUCUCUUCUUCCCGUACAUCUACACGUCCUUCCUCGCUCUUUCGCUCGCUCGCUCGCUCUCUUGCAUUCAUGGAGGAGACGGUUUGGACCAGCAACUCAGCUCGUGUUUCAGUUUACCUCCGCAGAAUUUAGCAGAACUGCUGUGGUUUUCUUCGUAGUUCUAUUUUGAUUUCUAACCAGUUGCAGGCAGAUCUGUGGUUUAGAUCUCGCAGGUCCAGCCAUGGUCGACGAGGCGAGAGGAGGCUCACUCGCGCAGAGCCUUCUCGACAUCGUCAACGAGAUUUCUGCAAUCUCGGACUUCAGAGGUACUGUCAAGAAGCAGUACUGUAAUCUGGCGAGGCGAUUGAAGCUCCUCACGCCAAUGUUCGAGGAGAUUCGGGAUAGCAAAGAGCCGAUCCCUCCGGAUUGCGUGAAGGUCUUUGUUUCGCUGAAGGAAGCUUUGGAAUUGGCUAGAGAGCUUCUUAGAUUCGGAAGUCAAGGGAGCAAGAUUUACAUGGUCUUGGAGAGGGAGCAAAUUAUGAAUAAAUUUCAUGAGGUGACAGCUCAGUUGGAACAAGCUUUGAGUGGGAUUUCGUUUGAAAAACUGGACAUAACCGAUGAAGUCAAGGAACAGGUUGAACUUGUCCUUGCUCAGUUCAGAAGAGCCAAAGGGCGGGCUGAUGCACCGGAUGCCCAGCUGUAUGAUGAUCUUUUCUCUGUUUACAACAAGAGCAACGAUGCAGCGGCUGAUCCUGUUGUCUUACGGAGACUGGCAGAGAAGCUACAACUAAUGGGAAUAGAUGACCUGAUGCAAGAAUCUCUAGCUUUGCAUGAGAUGGUUAUUAGUGUUGGGGAUCCUGGGGAGAGCAUAGAGAAGAUGUCAAUGUUGCUGAAGAAAAUAAAGGAUUUUGUGCAGACAGAAAACCCUGACUUGGAUUCUCUGGCAAGGGAGACAUGCAUGCCUUCAAGUUGCACUGGGCAAGCAUCAACCGACAGAAAUCACAAGCCUCCAAUUAUACCAGAUGAUUUUCGCUGUCCAAUAUCCCUUGAAUUGAUGAAGGAUCCUGUCAUUGUUUCGACAGGGCAGACUUACGAACGAUCCUGCAUUGAGAAAUGGCUGGAAGCAGGGCAUGGCACAUGUCCGAAGACACAACAGGGCCUUUCGAGCACCACUCUCACACCCAAUUAUGUCUUGCGAAGCCUCAUAGCACAGUGGUGUGAGGCAAAUGGAAUUGAACCACCAAAGCGCCCAGGGGCUUCUCGAGCUAGUAAGGCAUCUGCCUGCUCACCUGCUGAACGUACCAAGAUAGAAGUCCUCCUCCGCAAGCUCACUUCUAGCAAUCCUGAAGAUCAGCGGUCUGCUGCUGGUGAAAUCCGCCUCCUUGCCAAACGUAAUGCUGAUAAUCGUGUUGCCAUUGCUGAAGCUGGGGCCAUUCCUCUCCUUGUAAACCUCCUUUCAAUACCUGACUCACGCACCCAGGAGCAUGCUGUCACGGCACUUCUUAACCUUUCUAUUUGCGAGGACAACAAAUCUGCAAUCAUCUGCUCUGGGGCAGUCCCUGGCAUAGUUCAUGUACUCAAGAAGGGAAGCAUGGAGGCACGGGAAAAUGCAGCUGCUACCCUUUUCAGCCUCUCUGUUGUUGAUGAAAAUAAGGUAACUAUUGGUGCUUCUGGGGCAAUUCCACCCCUUGUGACACUGCUCAGUGAAGGCACACAACGGGGGAAGAAAGAUGCUGCAACUGCACUGUUUAACUUGUGCAUUUAUCAAGGUAACAAGGGGAAGGCAGUGAGGGCUGGAGUAGUUUCCACACUGAUGCGGCUGCUCACUGAGGCCGGAGGAGGGAUGGUGGACGAGGCACUGGCAAUACUGGCAAUACUGGCUAGCCAUCCUGAAGGGAAGGCAGCCAUUGGGGCUGCAGAGGCGGUGCCAGUUUUGGUCGAUGUCAUAGGGAGUGGAUCCCCCAGGAACAAAGAGAAUGCAGCUGCAGUCUUGGUGCACCUUUGUUCUGGAGACCAGCAACAUCUCGCAGAGGCUCAGGAGCUUGGGGUCAUUGGUGCGCUGGUGGAUUUGGCCCAAAAUGGCACGGACAGGGGUAAGCGAAAGGCUGCACAGUUGCUUGACCGCAUCAGCAGAUUUACUGAGCAGCGGAAACAGGCCCAGGCCCAGGCACAAACUGAGGCCCAGCAGUCGCGGUCAACCUCCCCGACCAAUGCUGUUGAUAGGCAAAAGGAGAGAGUAGUUGCAAACACUGGCAAGUCAGGUCAGUCCCUGACGGAACGAACGGGAAGAGACUGGGAGAGUUCAUAGUAAUACUAAUUAGCCGCCUAAAAUGAAAAUGGGGGGCUAGUAUUUUUAGGUGCAAUGUGCCAGAAGCUGCCAUACUGAAUGCCCUACAAACUCGAGUGGGCCUUACUCUUGACAAGUGGCCGGAGGGGUAUAUUGGAAAUUUAGAAUUGCAUGAAGAGAAUACAUACCAUCAGCUUUGUCAGCGUUGAGCUUUACCAGCUUUUUUAGAUUGGGCUAGAAGCUGCCAUACUGAAUGGGCCCCUACAAACUCAAGUGGGCUGAGGGGUAUAUUGGAAAUUUAGAAUUGCAUGAAGAGAAUACCAUCAGCUUUGUCAGCGUUGAGCUUUACCAGCUUUUUUAGAUUGGGCCAGAAUCAUAUGGGCUUUGGUUUAGCAUUACAAUCACGUUGGCUUUAAAAUUUCCACCCAUCGUCAAUAUUUUCUCCAUACAAGAAAAGCUCAACUACACUUCAAAAUGGAGAAAAUAGUCAUAUUUGAAAUGGGACUGUAAGGCAUUGUUUGUGUUGUUCACUUUCGGUAGGAACUGCAUAACUGUAGGACCCCUCUUUGUAUUCGAAUAUUAAACCUCAAAUAUAAAAGCCGUCACUUUAACCAAAG